AUGACACAGAAAAGUCGUAGAGAGCUGAUUGAGUGGAUAAGGUCUCUAGGCAUCGAGAUUUCCGCCAUCGAGGAGCUUGGAAGAGGAGUGGUGAUUUGUAGGAUUUUAUCUAUAAUACACAAGGACUUUCCAUCGAAUUUUGUUAGAAAUCCCAUUGGAGAACACGACUACUUGAGAAACAUGAAGAUAUGCCAAGAAUUUUUUGGAUUAAGAAACAUUAAGCUCUAUUUCCCUAUUGACAGACUAGUCAAAUGUAAAAUGCAGGAUAACCUAGAGGUUGCACAAUGGCUGGCAAAGUACUACUUCAAGAAUAUGGGAGAGAGACAUCCCAGAGAAGGCAUCAGCAGUAGAAGUUCAAAGGCUCCAUCCCCCCUUCCCUCCACUGCAGUUCACUGUUCCAAAUGCCGGAACAUUACAGAGGUUAUGGCCCUGAAGGAGAAUAGAAUUAAAGAGCUCGAAGACACAAUUGCAGAAAUGAGGGAUCAGGUCAAGCAGAUGGAAGAUGAACAAAAUAUGAUGGAGCAAGCAUUGGCCUCCCGAUCUGUACCUAGAGGAUUUGAUGACGAUGAAGUUAAGUCCUUACUGAUGACCUUUGAAAAGGAAAGAGACUUCUACUUUAAAAAGCUAUUUACCAUCGAGAAAUAUUUUCUUGAGAGGAAAGGGCUCGACGAAGACCUUAAGAAUGAUGUGCUUGGGAUUCUUUAUGAAGAAAACGCCGAGUGA